AUGAGAUAAAACUAUUCUAGAUAACAACACUAGCUUGUGCCUAGCGAUUUAGUGGGUUAUGAAAUCUCCCCACUCCGUAGCCGUGCUAAAAAAAUGAAAUCUUCUACAAAUGCUCCUAAUUAAAGCUAGUACUAAAGCUAUCCUAAACAAGUUUCAAAUACUAAUAUCAUUAUUAAAAGUUUAAAAAACAUCUCCAGUGAUUAAAGCACUGAAGAUGACGAUACUUUAAACCGUUCCUCAAAAAUUACUGGAGUUGGAUCUACAGCAACUAUCACUCGUAUUCUAAAAUAAAAUCAAGGUGAAGAACGAAUUAAUCAAUAAUAAUAAUAAUAAUAAUUUAAUAAUAACUCAAGCAUACGUUCGUUAAGCACAGGAUAACUCUAAAGUUUCAAUAAAUUAAAAAAUAAUCAAUACUAAAAGGCUUCGAUAAAUCCUUCAUACUGCUCAAUCCAUAAUUUGGAUUUAGUAUAAAAGCAGAAAUUCCAAAACUAAGACACCACUUAGAUUAAAUCAAAUAAUAACAUCACUGAAUAAUGCCUAAAUGAAGAAGAGGAAGAAGAUCAUAAUAUUUGGGAUGAUGAUCUCUUAAAAAUCCGUGGAAUAGAUACUGAAAAUUGGAUAGACAGUGAUGGAUCAACAUUUACACUCUUCCAUUUAUACAAAGCUCGUUUUGGUACUCAUCCUAACUAAAGAGAAGAAAUUACUAAUGAAGAAGUUAUUAAAAUGAUGAAACGUUUUUCUCGUAACCGCCGUAAUAAAAAUCUUGAAAGAUUCCCAUGGGAAACAUUCAAUGACGAUCGCGUCUAUUGUGAUGAAAGCGAUAUUUACUAUGAUAAAAACUUUUAAAUUUUCCAUAAACUCUUUAAUCAAUUUUACAAUAACGACAAAGCGCGCCAUGACCGCACUCUUAUUAAAAAUAAUUUCAUAUAAAAACUUCAACUCGAAAAUGGUAAAAAAAUUCCUUCACUUGAAGACGAAUUAGUAUAAACUAAAAAUACAGACUCUACACCUAGUAAUGGAAAAAGAAACAACUCAUUUUUAAUAAAAAAAAAUAUUCGCUCAAUGAGCCAAGUAGGAUAGAUUAAUCAGCAUUAAUCUUAAAUAAAUUCUGGCCUUAAUUCAUUUAGAAUUAGAUAAAUCUAAAAUAAUCCUACUUAAUAAUAGCCCCUCAAUUUUUAUUAAGCCAAAUCUCAAAGUUGUAUUCCUUCUAAUGAUAUUUAAUUGAUCUCAUAAUAAAUGCUACUUUCAAAAGAUCAAUCUCCAGUUAAGCAAUCUCCCAUCUCCCUCCAUAAUUCUUAAUCAUAAAUUAGCGUAAAUUCUCCAGCAGUCAGCUAUUCUCCCAUUAAAUAAUCUUAAAACAGUAAUGUAAACAACAAUAACGAAAGUACCUUUUCUUCACCUGCUAAAAAAUAUCAUGUCAGCUAGAGCUCCCUUGACUAGUAAAGUUUUUCAGCAAUGUUUGAUUCUGCUUAAAGUACAGCAACCAAAACUUAAAACUAAUAACCAUCAUUCAAAUACUAGCUUAUUAAUGCACUCAAAAGUACAUCAUAAUAAUAAUAGGAAGAUUCUUACUAAAAUUAUUUAAGUAAUAAAAUAAAACUAAUUCAAAAUUAAAAACUAAGAGAAUAAGCAGCAGCUUAAAUUACAUAAGCAAAUGACGGUUAAACUAGAAAAUAAUCAUUAUUAAAGCGUUAAAAUUCAGUUAACCCUGCUUAAAAGUACGCAAAUAUGUCUAACUUAUCUUAAAGUUAACUUUAAAAUAUAAAUUUAUCCAAAAUUAAUGGCAACGAGAGCUUUUAUAAAAGUGCAUAAAAACAUAAUGCUAAUACUGAGUCUAUGGUGUAAAAGAAAGGAUCAUAUUCACCAGUAAAAGUAAGAAAUGUUGGAAAUCAAAAUUUGGGUAAUCUUUUACACUUAAGAAAUAUUAACUCCCAAGCACAUUAACCAUCUCCAUUCAAUGAUUUAACCACUGUUAAAAAAAUGAAUAUACUUACAUUAAUGAAAUGA